AUUAACACAUUCCAGGAAAGCCUGGUUUGGGGUUGGGAUUUUAUUUUUAAUCCUGUCAUAGUGAAAUAAAGUAGGCAACUCAAGCAUUUUUUCUGCACUAUAACAAAUCCAUCCAAGCAGACACGGGCAGAUCAGCCUCUGUAAGACAAUCACACUGGACUCCAGAAGACUCGGUGUCCUCUCUCCUUGCCUCCCUGCUGCUGCUUGAGAGAGGCAUGUUCUCUCCGUCCUCCCCACCCGCUGGGCUGUUGGAGAAGGCCUUCCAGUACAUCGAUCUCCAUCAGAAUGAGUUUGUACAGACGCUUAAGGAGUGGGUGGCUGUGGAGAGCGACUCGGUUCAGCCCCAGCCCCGCCUCAGAUGGGAGCUCUUCAGAAUGAUGACGUUGGCUGCGGACAGGCUCCGGCGCCUGGGAGCCAGUGUGGACUCCGUGGACCCGGGUGUUCAGCAGCUGCCUAAUGGUCAGACUCUCCCGAUACCUCCCAUCAUCCUGGCCGAACUGGGGAAUGAUCCAAAGAAAGCCACCGUGUGCUUCUAUGGCCACUUGGAUGUGCAGCCUGCUAGACAGGAAGAUGGGUGGCUCUCAGACCCUUACACGCUGACGGAAGUGGAUGGAAAACUUUACGGACGGGGAGCAACAGACAAUAAAGGCCCUGUUUUAGCGUGGAUUAAUGCCGUGAGCACCUUCAGAUCCCUGGAGGAAGAUCUCCCUGUGAAUAUCAAAUUCGUCAUUGAAGGGAUGGAAGAAGCCGGUUCCGCUGGCCUGGAGGAACUGGUCAGAAAGGAGAAGGACCGGUUCUUUUCCAGUGUAGACUAUGUCGUCAUUUCAGAUAAUCUGUGGCUCAGCCAGAGGAAGCCAGCCCUCACUUACGGCACACGAGGAAACAGCUACUUCAGGGUGGAGGUGAGAUGCAGAGAUCAAGAUUUUCAUUCAGGAACCUUUGGGGGUAUCCUCAAUGAACCAAUGGCUGAUUUGGUUGCUCUUCUUG